AAUUUGGUUCAAUCCCCAUUUCCGCCCACCGAAAACGUCGGCCACGCCUCCCCAGCCUCCCGGGCCGGCUCGGGUCCGCCCGCUAGCCGCUAUCCACAUUAAUCCUGCGGCUCAAGCGUGGGUGGGAGGCCCGCCAGGGCCCGGCCCCAAUGUCCACAUCAACCCCCACAAACUCCACGCCCGCCAACCGGUGCGCCACGCCUUGAGCUCGACCCGGAUCACGCCCUGGGCCCGCCCCACGCUGACCCCACCUACGCCUGCCGUCCGACAAAUUCUGGUCAAUCCCCAUUUCGCGCGGGUGCCCGCUCAGCCCGUUCGGCCCGCUCGGCCCACUCGGGCGUUGGCCGGGACCACGCCGCCUCGGCUGGAAUCAGUCACCACGCCUCUUCGGGCCUGGGGUGUGUCGGGUCGCUCCUUGGCCAAAUUUAAGAAGAUCGGUCGUCACAAACUCAUUAAGCUGAAAAGUCCCGCACCCUUUUGGGCCGCCCUGACCGGCUCGGCCCACCGACAUCGCACCCUGCCGGCCGUGGGCGGCACCCCCACUCCGCCGCAUCGCCUCCGCCCCCGCCAGACCCUGGCUCACCUGCGUCAAAUGCUCACGCCUCAAGCCAAAUCCCGCCGGUCGGUCCAUCGCCAAAUUGAUCGGCGGCCUCAGACCCGACCCGCGCCUCGCCCCCGGCCAGCCUCACCCCCCCUGCAUCCGACGGGGGACCCUCCGCCUCCCCUCAAGCCCGUCCCUCCACCUAAACCCGCCCGCACCAUCCAGAUCAACGGCUCGGCCUACCGCGUGUCACGCAAUGGUCGCCAACUCCAGCGGGUUCACCCUGGCCCAGUCCCCCUUCAGCCUCCCGUUGCCCCUGCCUCGGUUGGCCCGCAGCGCGUGUACCUGGCCCAAGGUGGAGAGUUUGUGGAGGCGGCACCGGGUAUUCUUCGUCUGAGUCGCGAAUCCAUGACCCGCCAGUCCAUCACGCACGCUCGCAAGAAAUCCAUCCAGACCCUCUUACGCUCCCAGACCAAGUCCAAACAGUUCUGCAUGUUCUUCAACAAGUUCGGUCGUUGUCAAAAGCGCGCCCAAGGCUUGUGUCCUUACUUGCACGACCCGGCCAAGGUGGCCGUGUGCCGGCGGUUCCUCCAAGGCUCGUGUCCCAAAGCCGCUGAUGAGUGCUUGCUCACGCACAAAGUCUCGCCAGACAAGAUGCCGGCCUGCAAGUUCUUUCAACUCGGUCAAUGCGGCCGGGAUCAUUGUCCCUAUAAUCACGUUAAGGUCUCGGCCGACGCAGCCUUGUGUCCAGCCUUCCGCCAAGGCUAUUGCCCCCAAGGUCAGGCCUGCACGCUUCGACACGCCAUGUCGGACCAGACCAAGGCCAAAGUCAAUCCGGCCCCACCCAAGCCCCGGCGCAAAGGGGUCAAGGAGCCGAAACCCGUGUUGCCCCAGUCGGCCGAUCCGCAGCCCACCCUUGAGCCAGCUGAUUCGAUCAUGCCCAGUCAACGAUACUUUGAAUGUGCCAAGGACAGUCCCCAGGCUGAUAGUCCGUCGACCUGUCCGGACCCGCCCGUGGAAGUUGAGACCAAAUCACAAAUGGCCUUUUGGCCGGAAUUCAUCGCUCUUGAGCCCGACGAUGAAGGCGCGAGCGACCCCGAUCAAUCCUUUGAGGAACGCCUGGUCUGAACAUGGCCAUUCCGCUAGAUUCGUAACUUUCCGUUUGUUUCGUUCCGUCGAAGUAGAAAUAAAAGAGUCAAUUAUCUA